AUGUCUCACACGGACGAAAUUAUAAUCUAUCUGGAUAUUAACCGUCGCUCAUCACUCUCUUUCUUCCUCUCUUUCGCUAUCUCUUCAUCUUUCUCUCAUUUUCUCUCACUCUCUAUGACUUUUACUCCCACUUCUUCAUGCCCUCGAUUUCACGCUCUAUCUUUCUCUCCUUUCACCCUGUCACUCACUCCCCCUUUCACUCUUUAUUUCUUACACUUUCUUCCUUUCUCUCUCUCCAAUAUAUUUCUUUCUCACUCUUUCUUUCUUCAUCUUUUUCUCUAUCAUUCUCAUUCACUCUUUUCCUCUCUCUUCCUCUCUUUCAAUCACAUUCUCUAUUUCACCCUCUCUCUUUCUCUCUUUCUGUCACUUUCUCUCUCUUCCACGUCUCUCGCUCUUUAUUUCUUUCAUUCUCUAUCUCUCUCUCUCAUCUUUUCUUUCUCUCUCUCUCUCUCUUUCCUCUUUCCUACUUAUCUUUAG